GAAAAUAACAUAGUUCAGAAAGCAAAUUAGAGAUUAUGGGAAAAGGGAAUGCCACACUUGAGCUAACACCAACAUGGGCUACUUCAAUUAUUUGUUUAUGUUUCAUUUUGGUUUCAUUAUUACUUGAAGCUGCUCUUCACCAUAUCACAGAAUUUUUCAGGAAAAGGAAAACAAAAUCGCUUGCUAGAGCUGUCAAAAAAAUCGAAUCCGAGAUGAUUACGAUGGGUUUCAUAUCGUUGCUUCUUACAGUAUCGGAAGCACCUAUUACGAAAAUCUGUGUAAAUGAAGCUGUAGCGAACUCUUUUCAUCCAUGUAGACAUAAUCAGCCUGCUGCUAUCUCAGCUGCAAGUAAAGCUUCAGAUGAAUCCUAUUGCCAAGAAAAAGGAAUGGUGUCACUGAUAUCAAGAGAAGGAGUGAUGCAGCUAAAGAUGUUCAUUUCUGUGUUAGCUGUGUUUCAUGUUAUUUGCUGCACUUUAACUAUGUUUCUUGGCUUGGCAAAGAUGAGAAAGUGGAAAAAAUGGGAGGAGGAGACUAGAUCCCUUGAUUAUCAGAUGGCUAAUGAUCCAAGGAGGUUUAGACUCAUCCGCCAAACAUCUUUUGGUAGAAGACAUCUUAAACUGUGGAGUGAUCACUCUUUCUUGCUUUGGCCAGUAUGUUUCAUUCGUCAAUUUAAAGGUUCCGCCUCGAAAGCGGAUUACUUCACACUCCGUAAUGGAUUCAUCCUGGCUAAUGUUGCUGAAGGAAGCGAAUUCAACUUCCAGAAAUUCCUUGCCAAGGCUUUCGAUGAUGAUUUUCAACAUGUAGUUGGAAUCAGGUUAUGGAUUUGGAUGUUUUGCCUACUUUUCAUAUUUUUCAGUGCACAAGAAUUCUACAACUACUAUUGGCUACCAUUUCUUACUCUAGUGCUUGUUCUAGCAGUAGGCACAAAGCUUGAAACAAUAAUAACAAAAAUGUGCAAGGAAAGUAGCAAACAAAGUUCAGUGAUUCGAGGCACUUUCCUUGUGAAGCCUAGCAAUCAACUUUUCUGGUUUAAUCGACCUAAAUUCAUGCUUUAUCUCCUCCAGCUCAUCAUAGUCCAGAAUUCAUUUCAGCUGGCAUUCUUUUCUUGGGCAUGGUAUCAGUAUGGCCUAAGAUCUUGCUUCAAUCAAGAAACUGCAGAUGUAGUCAUCAGAAUUACUACCGGAGUGGGUGUGCAGUUCCUUUGUGGCUAUGUCACUCUUCCCAUCUAUGCCCUCGUCACUCAGAUGGGUUCGAGUUCAAAGAAUGCAGUAUUCACAGAGAGAGUGAGAAAAGGGCUAAAGAAUUGGCAUUGGAAAGCAACUCAUAAUAAUAAUAGUUCCAGCAGUGGUACUAACUCCACUUUCACUCCAUUGUUAGACAUCAUGGGAUCUUCUUCAAGCCCUGAAAGUAGAAAAGAAAAUUCCGUUAGGGCUAGAGAAAUAAUAAGCAAUUCUACACCAGAAAAAACUAGCUCUAGGGUUUCUGCUAGAGGUAAUGAAUGUGAUGACGAAAUUUCGUUUGCUAGCAGUUGGAAAAUCUUUGAAAGUACUAGAGUUAGUGGAGAAAUUAGAUCUAUAAUUGAAGAAGAAGAAUAUGAAGAUGAAGAUUAUAGUAAAUAUUCGUAUUAGAUAGAGUUUGUAAGUUCAUAUUUACAAAUU